UCAAAUGUGCGUGCAUGCGUAUGUGUGUGUGUGUGGCACAAGAAGUCACUAAGAAAUGCUAAAGUAGAUGCGAUUCUAGAUCGAGCACUGCUGACAGGAUUGCAUGUGCAGAAUAUUUCUGUUUCGGGCCUGUAUUAUCAAAGGCUUAAAAGGAGAAAGGGGUUGAACUGUGCAGCAUUCGUGGCGACGAUCUGACUGUCAGCUCAGACAGUUUCGAAGGGAAGUGCUUAUCGAGAACAGCUCCGGGGCUCCGUUGCAUGACAGCGUCUCUGUGAUGGAGUUCUUGAUACCAGGAUAGCAACAGAAAAUCUCAGUAGGUGGAAAUAUGAACAGGUGUUUAUAGCUUUUAUAUCGGCGUAGAAAAAAGGCACGGAUUCCAAGAACUGAGAAGAUCGUCGAGGAUCUAACGCGCUACUCUCAAUGUAAAAUUGCAAGAGGCAUGAAAUCGACAAGCUACAGUCACACGGCGCUCUGCAAACUUAAGCCUUUGUCACGUUGCUGCUCGGACUGAGUGUACGGUGUUCAUGUUGACAGCAGAUAAAAGGGCAUACGAAUGAGUACGCAUUUGGAUUCCUAUAACUGUUAUCAUUGCAGGACUGCUGUAAGCAAGUUGUACGAUCGUCGGGGACACCAGAGGAAGUAAUUGUUAAAUUCGCCCAGAGGCUCCGUGUAACCAAAGGAAACGUGCACUCCUGAGGAGCACGUAGGGCACAAUCCAUCGAUGCAUGCUGCACACGAGAGAUCGUAGGUGUAAAUUGAAUUAACUUCCACAGGGAUUCCCUGUGAUAACCACAGCAGACCAUGAGCCAAGAUUUCGACGGCAUUACAUUCACGGUGCCCAUUUUUUGCCCCGCUUCUGACACAGGCAGUGGCGAUAUGGCAUUCAGUUGCGGGGUGGCAGAUGGAGUGAACUGUGCCAAUCAACUCCCCGCAGCGGGCACCUAUUUCUGUCAGGAGCCCUCGGCCUCCAGCACUACAACUUGUUGUUCAUAUCCAGUGCCAGGUGGCGUUUUAACGACGGCCAAAAGUAAAACGAGGGCGAUAUCGGUGGUUUAUGUUGUCAACGAACUUAGCCCGACGUACGCCACAGAAAACGCAGCCUUUCAGUGCUUGAAAGAGGCGUGUGACAGUACUGCUGCCACGCUGGAAACUGUACAGUUUGGGAAGCUGGACUUUGGUGAAACCACCGUCCUGGAUCGAUUUUACAAUGCAGAUAUUGCCGUUGUAGAAAUGACAGAUGCUUUCCGACAGCCUUCACUGUUCUACCACCUCGGAGUUCGUGAAAGCUUCAGCAUGGCAAACAAUGUGAUUCUUUACUGUGAUACAAACUCAGACUCUGUCCAAGCAUUGCAGGAUAUCAUUUGUCAGAAGAACACUACAUGUACAGGAAACUAUAUUUUUAUUCCAUAUAUGAUAACUCCUCACAACAAAGUCUACUGUUGUGAGAGCAGCCUUUUGAAGGGCCUUACCGAGUUGAUGCAGCCAGGAUUUGAGGUGCUUCUGGGGCCAAUCUGUUUACCUCUUGUUGAUAGAUUCAUUCAGCUUCUAAAAGUUUCUGAUGCUAGUUCGUGCCAGUAUUUCAGAGAAACAAUUCUGAAUGACAUCAGAAAAGCCAGAGAUUUAUACACUGGCAAGGAGCUGGCAGCUGAACUACAAAGAAUACAACAACGUUUGGAUAACGUUGAGUGUCUUUCAGCAGAUAUCAUUAUUAACUUGCUCAUAUCAUAUCGUGAUAUUCAGGAUUAUGAGGCAAUAGUGAAACUUUAUGAAACUCUUGAGAAACUACCUACCUGUGAUCUUGUGUUUCAUCCUCAUGUGAAAUUUCAUUAUGCAUUUGCUUUAAAUAGGCGAAAACACACUGGAGACCGACAGAAAGCUUUAGCAACAAUGUUGCCCUUGGUACAAUCAGAGCAGCAAGUUGCAUCAGACAUGUAUUGUUUGGUUGGCCGGAUCUAUAAGGACAUAUUUUUAGAUUCCAGUUUCACUGAUGUUGAAAGUAGAGACAACGGUGCUUAUUGGUACAAGAAAGCAUUUGAUUCAGAGCCAACAUUGCAUUCAGGGAUCAACUUGGCAGUUCUUCUUUUGGCAGCUGGACAUCAGUUUGAUACCUCAUUUGAACUUCGCAAAAUUGGUGUGAAGCUGAGCAGCCUUCUUGGCAAAAAAGGAAACUUGGAAAAAUUGCAGAGCUACUGGGAUGUGGGGUUCUUUCUCGGAGCCAGUCUUUUAGCUGGAGACAAGAUGAGGGUGAUACAGGCCUCUGAGAAGCUUUUCAGACUCAAAGCGCCUAUUUGGUACUUAAGAUCAAUCGUUGAGACUAUACUGAUAUACCAACACUUUAAGAAGCAGAAUGUGGAACAACAAGCACCCAAACAUGAGUUGGUGGACUUUUGGAUGGACUUUUUGGUAGAAGCCACAAAAACAGAUGUAACUUUAGUCCGAUUCCCCGUGUUGAUAUUAGAACCUACUAAAGUGUUCCACCCAUCUUACCUUUCUAUUAACAAUGAAGCAGAAGAAAAGUCUGUAUCUAUCUGGCACGUGGCACCUGAUGACAAGAAAGGAAUUCAUGAAUGGAAUUUCACACCUGCUUUAAUUAGAGGAGUAAGUGUUUCAAAAUUUGAUGAGCGCUGUUCUUUCCUGUACGUGUUACACAAUGCUGAAGACUUUCAGAUCUAUUUUUGUACAGAACUUCAUUGCAAACGAUUCUGUGAAAUGGUGAAUAACAUAACUGAAGAAGCUGGAAAGAAUCCUGAUGAAGGAGAAUAUGAUGGAUUCUCUCUAGAGUAUGAUUAUGAAUAUGAUGAAAAUGGAGAUCGGGUCAUCCUUGGAAAAGGAACAUUUGGUGUUGUAUAUGCAGGCAGAGAUCUGAGCAACCAAGUCCGGAUUGCUAUAAAGGAAAUCCCUGAAAAGGAUAGCCGGUAUUCCCAACCUCUACAUGAAGAGAUAGCCCUGCAUAAGCACCUCAAGCAUAAAAACAUUGUUCAGUAUUUAGGCUCUGUCAGUGAAAAUGGUUUUAUUAAGAUAUUUAUGGAACAAGUUCCUGGAGGGAGCCUUUCUGCACUUUUGCGAUCAAAAUGGGGACCUUUGAAGAACAAUGAACAAACAAUAGGUUUUUAUACCAGACAGAUUUUGGAAGGUUUGAAGUAUCUUCAUGACAACCAGAUUGCCCACAGGGACAUAAAGGGUGAUAACGUCUUGAUUAACACCUACAGUGGUGUGCUUAAAAUUUCAGAUUUUGGUACUUCCAAAAGACUUGCUGGCAUCAACCCAUGCACUGAGACCUUCACAGGGACCCUUCAAUAUAUGGCACCUGAAAUAAUAGAUAAAGGACCAAGGGGUUACGGCAAGCCUGCAGACAUUUGGUCUUUAGGAUGUACCAUUAUUGAAAUGGCUACUGGGAAACCCCCAUUCUAUGAACUUGGAGAGCCACAGGCUGCCAUGUUUAAGGUUGGGAUGUUUAAAAUUCACCCAGAAAUCCCAGAUUUGAUGUCUUUAGAGGCCAAGGCAUUUAUUCUUCGCUGCUUUGAGCCUGAUCCAGAUAAGAGAGCAACGGCUGGAAGUCUGUUAACUGAUGAGUUUUUAACUGUCACCAGCAAAAAGAGAAGAAGUCCAAGCAAAUCUACAGCUCUUGCAGCCUCUGAGUAUCUGCGUAGUAUAUCCUUACCAGUGCCAGUUGUUGUUGAAGAUACAAGCAGCGAGUACAGAUCUGUCUCACCAGACAUGGAUGUGAAGUCUGACCCCUUUGUGUUUAAAUCACGUGUCAAAUCCUACAGUGAAAGAGAUGUUAAAGGAAGCAGAGGCUUAUUUUUGGGAAUACCAGUUGAGAAUUUUGAAGAUCACAGUGCACCUCCAUCACCUGAAGAAAAGGAUGCUGGUUUCUUUAUGUUGAAAAAGGACAGUGAAAGAAGGGCUACAUUACACAAAAUACUGACAGAGGACCAGGAAAAAAUUGUGAAGAAUCUAAUGGAGGCUUUAUCACAGGGAGCAGAAGAUACAAAGCUAAAUCCAGAGCACAUAGCAAAGCUUGUGGUCAGCCUUCGAGAAUUUGUGAGAUCCACAGACCGCAAAAUUAUAUCUAGCACAUUAUCUCAGCUCAAACUGGAGUUGGACUUUGAUAGUCAUGCUAUUAGUCAGCUUCAGGUGGUACUGUUUGGAUUCCAGGAUGCAGUUAAUAAAGUCUUAAAAAAUCAUAACAUUAAACCUCACUGGAUGUUUGCACUAGACAGUAUUAUUCGUAAAGCUGUUCAGAUGGCCAUUACAACAUUGGUUCCAGAACUAAGACCACAUUUUAGUAUAGCCUCAGAGAGUGAUACCGCCGAUCAGGAUGAAGUUGAUCCCCAUGAUGAAACCAUCAAUCAAGUCAGUCAGAGACCAAGUGCUGAAACUGAUGACACUGUGCCAACAUCUGGUGUAAGCACACUCAGCUCAACUGUAUCCCGUGACUCUCAAACCGCACAGAGGGCUGUGAACAUGAGGUUAGAGCAGAUGAAACUGGAAACUAAAAGAUUGCUGGAGGAGCUUCUUGAAAAGGAGAAGGAGUAUCAAAAUUUUCUUCAUCAGGUCAUUGAAGAGCGAGAUCAAGAAAUUAAACUUCUAAGAAUUAAAUCACAGCCCAUAAAUGUGCCUGCUGUUUCACAGCAACAUUGGUUGCGCUCUGGAGAUCCAGAACUUAUAAAAUGGCUGCAAGAGCACAAUGCAGAUCAGGACACAAUAGAUCGGUUUUUGGCAGAAGAUUACACUUUGACUGAUAUUCUUCAUCAUGUUACAAGAGAUGACCUCAAAGGUUUACAUUUAAGAGGUGGAGUACUGUGCAAGUUGUGGAGGACAAUUCUUGACUUUAGAAAGAAGCCUUUGUGACAUGUAUUUCUAUGGAAAUGUGAAUUAUAAUUCUAUCGAAACUAAGAUAGUAUUCUCUUAAAGAGAUGGCACUUUAUUUCUUGAUGUUCUUUAUUCUGUAAAUAUAUGAUGUGUCAAACUGUUGUUAUAAAUGUAGAUAAUCCAAUAUAUUAAUAUUAAAUAUUUUGUCAUUUCUUCUUUUUAAUAGAGAAACCUAUUAGAUACAAAAUUAUAUUGCUGGCAGGCAAUGUGAAGAACACGAUGUGUGCUUUUGUAAUAGUAGCCUAUUGCUUUUAUACAUACUAGACAGCACUGUUUUGGGGUGUCAUUCAGAAAUGAUCAUGGAGAAAAAUCUGUUGUUAAGAAGACUGCUUUAUGUCAGAAAAAUGUUGCUGACACUCUUGAAAUAAGCAGUAAUUCUCAAACUGGGUCUGAACAUACUGCUGAUCUUAAUUUUGCAAAAUUUUACUUUUUUCGCAGAAUAUCAGUCAUUAAAUAUUAGAUGGCUGUUAUAUUGUUAAUUGAUUUUUUAAAUUUUUGCUGAAGCAAUGACUUCAGUAAGAGCCGUAAUAACAACUCAGCAUAAGUUGUGAAUUGGGCUUAUGAGUAUUAAUUUUCAGCCUGCUCAUACACACCAAUUAGGGGUAAAUGACCUAAAUAUUCUGAUCUUUAUUCCCAUCUCAGCUAUCCGCAGUAAACAACUUCUUGAAAAUGAAAUGAUUAGACAGUUUACUCAACAUCAUUGACAUCAACAGUUUAACUGACACUUUCUUAGUUUACCCAGCUUGGCCAGAACCCCCCAAAUCUUUUUCUAUCUCUCUCUGCAGGCCCACACAUCCUUUCAGAGAGCCACAUUCUUCUCAUGUCAUCCAUCACCACGCCCAACCACAUCAUCUUUUGCACCCACUGAGCCAUGACAUAGCAAUUCUUCACCUAACCAUCCUUUGUCUUUUGUUCCACUUGGGGAAAUGACCUUUGAUUGUAUUCACUUCAGCACAGCUCCUAUUGACUCUACAUUAAGCCGUAGAUCAGGGGUGUUCAACUCCGGUCCUGGAGGGCCGCAGUGGCUGCAGGUUUUCAUUCUAACCCUUUUCCUAAUCAGCGAGCAGUUUUCACUGCUAAUUAACUCCUUUUCCCUUCAUUUUAAUAUCCCUGUUUUUAAAGAUUCUGUCCUCUGAAUUGAUUUGUUUCUUCAUUAAAUGGCAGCCAAACAGAAAUGAGACAUGAAACAAGCCAAAAGAUGACCAGCUAAAUCGGGGCUUCAAACUCAAGCCAAUUUCACUCCAAUCACUUUCUUAAUGAGAAGCUAAUUCUUGCUGCUAAUUAAGCCCGAUAUUUAAUUCCAUGGCUUGUUGCUGCUCUCAUUCUGCCACAGCAGACAUUUCCAAAACUGUUGAUUUUCUGUUUUUUCUAAGAACACCAUUACAAUGUUUUAGUGACCUGAGCAGGUUUAACUUACUAAGACCUCCACCUCACUUUAUUUCAGAUACUGUGGUUAGCUGGUCAUGUGACGGCCCGUUGUGUGACAUUAUUGUUUGGCUGCUAAAAACAGAUCACUAAUUAAGAAGAUGGUUAGAAUAAAAACCUGCAGCCACUGUGGCUCACCAGGACUGGAUUUGGACACCCCUGCCUUAGAUGAAGUACAAUGAGAAGAUGCAGAGUGAGAAGAAGGAAUCAAAACAUGAUAUAUAAGAUAACAGAAGAGUCUAGGGAAAGCCUUCCACAUUUUAGCAGACAGUUAUCAUUGAAAUGUUCCUCUAGUUUUAAGACCACCUAAGAAGAGCAGUUGGCUCAGAAUUUGCUUGCAUUCACAAUAUUUGUCUUUACCUAAAGUGUGGUCAUAAUGGUUACAUUGAAACUGCAGCGCCUUUUAAACUUUAGAUGUGUUUCAAACACAAUAACUUGUGUGUACAACUUACAGCCACAAAUGUUAUUUUGAGCAUAGAUUUUCUUUCCUUUCUCUUGACUGAUUCUUUUAGGUUUGAAUUUUUGUAAAGUUUAUGUCUGGUACAGUACUUACCAUGUAUUUAAAAAAAUAUUUAACAGUAUUUAAAAACAUUAGUUCUGCUGUGUAGUGCAUUGAGUCAGAACGAUGGUUUCCUUGUUGAACUUUUUGUUUACCUUAACUUAAAGGUCAUUUCAGUUUAAUGAAUUUGAUUCACUACGUUAUGAAUCUGUCAGGUAAAAUGCUAAAACUGUCAGGAGGCACAGGUAAAUAAAAGUGAAUAAUGUGAAUAAUAAAAAUGAGGAAAUAUGAAGAAACCUUUGUCCCAUAUUGGUUCUGGGGAAUUUGUUUAUCCUGCUGCCUAUAAAAUUGAUAAAACGAUGUUUAACCUGCACAUAAUGGAUUUUGUAGUGAUUGUUACCACAAUCUUACAGUGUAGAGAAAUAUAUAUAGGAGAAUGCCAUGCUGCCCUCCUCUGUGAAGUGCAUGGAGGCCGUUCACAGACUAAUCCCAGCAUUCCCUAUGGUUAAUUGUACCCACCAAUCACAGUGUCUGGUGCUGCAAGUCAUCUGACCAGCUUUACAGCACUGUGAGCCUGAACUGUACAAGCAGGCCUGAAAAUGAAUGGAUGGAGCCUUACAGAAAGGAUGCGCUGAGGAGUCUCUGCCGAGCUCUUCUUUAUAUCCUUUUUGUUUGGGAGAACUGCACACUAUUGUGUUCAUAUUUUUUAUUUCCAUAAAGAAGCAUCUCUAGGUCUAGAGUGUAUUUCUGAGAAUUAAGAAAAUUUAUUUUUUAGUAAGUAAUACAGGACACAGCGCAGUUCAAUUUGUUUUUAAUUCAUUGUUAGUCACUGGCAAGGUCUUUAUCAUUGGUGAAGAUGAAAUAUUGAACAUUGUUUUUGUAGUGUCUUCAGUGUGAUAUUGGCAAGUACUUGAUUUUGCUUUACUGUUAUUUUAGCCUUUAAAUCAGACAUUUCAGUUUGGAACAUCUUACAGAUUGCAUCUUUGUUGUUCCAAACAAUAAUGUGUAUAUGAACUGCAAAAUUAUAAAUUUUGUACAGCAUCCUUGACAUUAGUAACUACAUAAUAUCCAAAGGGUUUAGUCUUGCUAUUGUGUCUACAAAGUUUGGAUGUUCUUUUUCACAUUUGUCUUUGUACUCUAUUUUUAUUUGCAUUGACCAGACAUGUAUAUAUUGUAGAACAUUUUUAUAAUAAAAAAAUUAAAUUGUUUGUAUGCAAAAUUCAAUAUUAUGUAAAGUUGUCCUAAAAAUGCAGCUUGCAUUGUUCUACAGUUUUAUGUUUAAAAAAUACAAAAUUGUAUUAUGCUUGCUCAGUUAUUUCUAACAUUUUAUUCACCUCUGGGCAGCCUUAUUUUUAUGUCGCAUUUUUGUUACCAAGUAUUUCAUAAAUAUUGCCCCUGUAUAAUAUACUACAGACAAUUCUCUGUAAUACUUGUAUGCCAAUAAACAAUGAGUUA